UCCCAUAGGCUCGUACGCCAUGAUGCCCGACACACCUCAGUCGUGCACCUUUCCUGACGUCCCGGGAGCCAAGAAGCACGUCCUAGGGCAGAGAACCGUGGCCUGGACGUGCGAAAAAGCCAAUGCCACUUGGAGCACGAGUGAACUAGUGCUGCUGAGGACCUGUGAGGAUAACUUGUCAGCUCUUCCAUCUUGCGUCCCCGUUUCGCCGACAUCUGAAGGAAUCAAACCAUGCACCGACGCCCCUCCUGUACCCACUAACGCUGUGCUAAAAUACCAGUUUGGGCACAACGGCUCCUACGGCAGGUACUACGAAUGCAAGGAGAAAUCAGGCUGGAUGUUUGGCAUGGCGGGGCGACUGACACAGUGCCUGACGGGGAAGUGGACGCCUAUUCAUGACAUGUGCGACGAAGAUUGCAAAGUGCCUCAAAACUGCAACCAGCUGUUCGAACUCGGCUUCGUAGAGUCCGGCACGUACAGGAUCGUUCCCACAGGCAUUGAGGGAGACCCCGUCACACCGGUCUGGUGCGACUUCGGUGGCUCGGCUUCGAAGCUCCACGACGCUCCCUCAGCGAACAGCGUGGUCAAGGAUCCCUCUGUCUCAGCUGCUUAACUGUUGUCCACAAACUUCAGGAUACCGCAGGCUCGGACAGCGGUUCUCUGUGACAUGUCGAGACGCCUGCCUCUUUCGCCUCGUCGCCUGCCUCGACAUGAAGAUCCGUUUUCUCCUCUGUUUGCUCUUAGACUCCGUCACUGUUGCUGAAUUUGGCUGAAAGUGAUGAUAAAUCUCAACUGACUCGGGUCUUCCUGUCAAAAGCUGUAAUGAAACUUCCUACCGAAUCAAGAGCGUAAGAACUAGGGUAUGUGCCCUACCCCCUACCCUGAUCUCGAGAUUCCACCUUCAACGGAAAAAAAUCUGAAAUUUAAGGUCGUCAGCGUCGGGCAAUAAACAUGCCUAAAGGGAUCUUCUCACCCUCAUUUUUGAACAAUAUUAUCACACCGAUUCGCAAAGGCACAAAAGCACGAUGCGUCACGCUACUAGUAUGAUUUUAUCGAUGUUUUGAGGCAACGCAAACGUAUUGAGCAAAUUCAUGUUUUUUUCGAAAUGUGAGGUCUUAACAUGCCUAUUCAUCGAGAGCGUAAACAUUACCUGGGAUAUCUGGAAUGCAUUUGAAAUAAUCAAUCAAUCUGCAAUGCAUGAAGCAUAACGGAACAUUCGAAAGCACUUUUAUCUCCUAUAUAGUUAUUGGCGGGAUUCACGUAGGCUAACGCAAUAAAAAAAAGAAGAAAAAAAUAAAGUGAUAAUAAAGCCCCUGUUUUUCUCUGAAGCCUUGCAUUUUUUCUUCUUCCUGAAAAUUUAUUAAAAUUUUGCAUAUUGGUUCUUUACCACAAUAUUCAUUUUCAAUAACCAUUUGAUAUGAUACAUCUUUCUUUUGCUCUUCCUAAAAGUCAUUUACACAGACACACCUCAGGCACUGCGACUGCCACCCACUGCAUAUACGUAAGUUAUAGGUGAAGUCAAGGUAUCUUUAAGGGAGGUAGCGUUAUCCCCAUUGGGAUCUGUGGUAACACAAAACAAAAUGUGAU